UAAGCUCGGGUUUGAACUUUCAAGUUUAAAACACACAAAGGUUGUUUUUUUCCCUUUCCAGAAACCUCAAAGAGACAUUCUGGGUUUCUGUUCUUGUCCUCAAAAUUUUGUGUGUUCGAAGAGAAGAUAAAUUUCCAUGUGCAGUUGUCCAAAGAGGAAGGCAACUCAAAGUGGUUUAAUCAUGGAGGGCGAAUCUGGUAAAGAAGAUGGUGUUUCACAAAAGUUAUCGGGUUUGUUGGAAUUUUCGGCUUCAAAUGAUUUGAUUGCCUUUAAAACUGCUGUUGAAGAAGAGGGUCAUGAUAUCGAUGAGCCAAGCUUGUGGUACGGAAGGCGAUUGGGUUUGAAGAAGAUGGGGUUUGAAGAAAUGACACCUCUUUUGAUUGCUUCCUUGUUUGGGAGCAGGGAUGUGGUGAAUUAUAUUGUUGAAAGUGGACGUGUUGAUGUUAACAGGGCUUGUGGUUCGGAUGGGACCACGGCUCUCCACUGUGCAGUUGCUGGUGGCUCCUUUGAUUCCGCUGAGGUUGUCAAAACCUUGCUUCAUGCUUCUGCUGAUGUCGAUUCUCUUGAUGCUAAUGGUAACCGGCCUGGUGAUUUGAUUGCUCCCAUUUGUAACUCGACUUUUGGCUUGAGAAAGAAGGUGUUGGAGUCUUUGUUGAAAGGAAGUGACAGUGUUAGUGAGAUAGACAGCUUGCCUGCUCAGUUAGGAAAUGAAAUGGGAGGGAUGGAGGAGCAAGAGUACACCACGGCCCGAGUUUCAAAAGAUGGGACUGAGAAGAAAGAGUAUCCCGUUGAUCUUACUCUUCCGGACAUUAAGAAUGGAAUUUAUGGUACGGACGAGUUUAGAAUGUAUACCUUCAAGGUCAAGCCUUGUUCGAGGGCCUAUUCUCAUGAUUGGACUGAGUGCCCCUUUGUUCACCCUGGGGAGAAUGCAAGGAGGCGUGAUCCUAGGAAAUAUCAUUAUAGUUGUGUCCCUUGCCCUGAAUUUCGUAAGGGAUCUUGUAGGCAAGGUGAUAACUGUGAGUAUGCUCAUGGUAUUUUCGAGUGCUGGCUUCAUCCUGCUCAGUACCGAACUCGUUUAUGCAAGGAUGAGACUAAUUGCACGAGGAGGGUUUGUUUCUUUGCUCACAAGCCUGAGGAGCUUCGUCCCUUGUAUGCUUCAACAGGUUCAGCAGUGCCUUCGCCGAGAUCUUACUUGGCUACUAGUUCUUCACUGGACAUGGGUUCCCUGAGCCCACUUGCACUUGGCUCCCCAUCUGUUAUGAUACCUCCGACGUCAACUCCGCCCUUGACCCCAUCUGGUGCCUCUUCUCCUAUGGCUGGAUCAAUGUGGCCAAAUCAGUCAAAUAUCAUGCCUCCUACAUUGCAGCUUCCUGGUAGUAGAUUGAAAACUACUAUUAGUGCUCGGGAUAUGGAUUUAGACAUGGAACUAUUGGGCCUGGAAAGUCAUCGUCGCCGCCAGCAGCAGCAGUUGAUUGAUGAGAUGUUCGGCCUUUCCUCCCCAACCAGCUGGAACAAUUCUACAGCGUUUUUUGCCUCUGGUGACCGAACUAGUGAGCUAAACAGGUUUGGAGGGGUGAAGCCGACUAACCUUGAAGACUUUUUUGGAUCUCCUGAUCCUAGUAUUAUGUCACAAAUACAAGGACUCUCACUUGAUGCUUCAGCAUCUCAGCUGCAAUCUCCCAACGGAGUUCAUACGCCCCAGAAUAUUAAUCAGCAGCUCCGCACUAGCUACCCAUCAAAUCUGCCAUCCUCUCCCUUGAGGGCAUCUGCAUCCUUUGUUGAUCCAUCUGGGCCAUCUGCAGCGGCAGUUUUAAGUUCAAGGUCGGCUGCCUUUGCAAAGCGGAGCCAGAGCUUUGUUGAGCGUACUGCUGUAAACCGUCAUUCAGGGCUUUCUUCACCGGCUUCUUCAUUAAGUGCGAUGACAUCUAACCUAUCAGAUUGGGUUUCCCCUGAUGGUAAACUAGACUGGGGCAUACAUGGAGAAGAGCUAAACAAACUAAGAAAAUCUGCUUCCUUUGGGUUCCGAAGCAGUGGAAGCAAUUUGGGAAAUGCACCUCGCGCUAUAUCACCGACUCCUGAUGAGCCUGAUGUGUCUUGGGUGCAGUCUCUCGUAGUUGACCCUCCUCUUGCUGGGCAGUUAAGUUUUGACGACGAGCAGCAGUGUCACCGUAACAACAACAACAACGGAGGUGCUGAAAUGCUCCCGUCCUGGGUGGAGCAAUUGUACAUGGAGCAGAAACAGAUGGUGGCCUAAAAGCAAAGCUAUCCCAACCAUUAUCUCCCAAGUUAACCUUUAACUACUUUUUCUUUUUCCCCCUUUUUUUAUUACUUUUCAUCAAUAUUCAGCGUUUAUAAUUGGAAUGAAAUGGACCAGGAGAGAAUACAAGGUGAGCAGAGAACAAAAGGUGCCUGCCAUAACUGCUCUUAGGUUCUAAAGAAUAAUUAUCUGUUAUUCUUUUUAGUCACAGGAUUCGGUUUGCUUCUUCGCACGGGUCCUUAUUUCAUCCCCAAAGCCGAAGAGGGUAGAAUUAGGCCAAUGGUUUCAGGGUUACAUUCAUUUCAAUCUGCAAAUGAUUAUUUAGUAUAUUUUCAGUUGGUGGGGAGAAAUGUUGUUCACAUUUUAUGUACCAAAAAACUAGUG